UGAACGAGAACAUUUCACUCAGCUACAACACUUGAAACUUCGAUGAGCUAGGUGAAAGUGCUCUCGAAGGCUGUCAGAGAUCGUCCGACGCUAUCAGAAGUUGCGUCUCUGCAAGAACCAGUACUGUACAUAUAAAGAGCUAGACAUGACGACCACUCCUCAACCUAUCGCUUCCUCGUCCAAGCAGGCGGCGCCUCCUGGUAAGAUUCCUCUGACCAUAGACUUGCUGGGCCGGUUGAAACCUGCCAAAGUCUUCCCUGAAGCUCUGGAUCGAUCUUCAUCAAAUGCGGGAAGUUCGUCCCCAAGCUCCAGCAGUACUGUCCCUCAAAUCAUCAGUAUAGCCUUUGACGAUACGGGUGAAAAAGCCUUAACAUCAGGAGAAGAUGAAGGUUUUGUCAUUUGGGACAUGAAAAAGGGCAGGAAGCUCAAAAACUUUUACUCGAAAAAGUAUGGCGUGGCUCUCGCUCGCUUUACACACAAGGGCAAUAUCCUGCAUGCGUCUACCAAGCUGGAUCACACGAUACGGUAUCAAUCACCACAUGAUAACAAAUAUUUGACGUAUUUCCGGGGACAUACAGGCAAGGUCCGCUCGCUGCACUUGAAUCCUCAUAAUGACGAGUUCAUCUCCGCUGGAGACGAUGGAACAGUGAGAGUCUGGGACCUGAGAUUGACAUCAGGAGAGGCAGUGGGUGUGCUGAACGAUAUGGGGGGAUCGGUCAUCGCUGCGUUCGACAAUACCGGUCUGGUCUUCGGAGUGGCAUGUACAGAUUUACAAUCUGUCGCGUUAUACGAUAAGAGUACGAUGGACUCAAAACCAUUCGCGACCGCCUCGAUCAUUGACGUAGCACUCAACCAUAUCUCUUCACCUCCCCCGAGACCGACCUUUACGUCCAUUGCCUUUUCCAACAAUGGAGACUACAUUCUCCUCGGGACAUCCGAUGAAGCUCACUACAUUCUCGAUGCGUUCGAAGUGGUGAUUCUCCGUCGAUUAACAGGACACAAACCGUUAGGCAAAUUCGCGAGUGGAGAAGAGGUAUGCUUCUCUUCAGACUCGAGAUACGUCAUGAGUGGUUCAGCGGACGGAAGUGUGUGUAUCUGGGACCUUGGAACAGAAAAAAUCAAAGAUGGAGGAGCGCAUAAUGAUCCAGUGGAUUCAAGAAAGAACCGACCUGCUCAGACGCUCCUACCUUCCCGUGUCGUGAGACCCGGCGGAACGGGCGAUGAAGAGACCAGGGCGGCUUCUAGAUGUGUCAGGUUCAAUUCUAGAUUCGCCGUGAUGAUUGUAGGUGGCGAAGAGUUGUCCUUCUGGCUUCCUGCGCCAGAUGAAGACGCAAAGAUUGACGAGGGAUGGUAAGCAUGGAGCGCGGACCAAAGACUGUCAGCGUUAUGCCCUGAUGCAUUGGCAUCGAUUAUGAAUACAU